AUGCAGCCCAAUUACGCCCGGGGCUUCCCCCCGACUGCCCAGCGGUCUCCAGCGGCACCCCGUCGCCCUCCCGUGCCAGGUUCGUUCCCCUUUAACACGCUUCCGUUGCCUGCCCAGCCCCGUCUAACAUCCGACUUUCUACAACGCAUAGGCGCGAUGCCCGUGCCAAUGGCCCAACACGCCGUCAACCCGCAAUAUAUGCCCGUGCAGCGUGCGAUGCCGCAGCCUAACGAUGCCGCUCUGCGCCGCAGUCGCAAGCCUACGGACAAGAACAUUCCCGAUGGUAUCGAAGACGUCGUCAUCGGUGAAGGUGUUCAGCAAUACAACAAUCUUCGCGAACUCGAAAAACGACUCGAUGCGGCCGUUGUGCGCAAACGACUUGACAUUCAAGACUCCAUCAGCAAGACAGUGAAGAAAUACCGAACCAUGCGCAUCUGGAUUACCAACACCGUCGAGAACCAGCCGUGGCAGAACACUGGUAGCAUCCCCGGCUCCGGUCGGUACAAGGUGCGCAUUGAAGGCCGUUUGCUCGAUGACAACACCGAUCCCACCGUUCCAGAGGAUGAUGAGAAGGACUCUGCUGGCGAGUAUGCGAUGGACCAGGGUAAGGAAGGUGAGGAUAAAGAGAAGUCCGACAAGAAGAAUCAGCGUUUCUCCCACUUCUUCAAGACUAUCACCAUCGACUACGACAAGCCGGCCAUCACUGUUCCGGAAGAAGUGAAGCCCAUUACCUGGAACAAGCCCCAGGUACCUUCCAACGCGGCACCUACCCCGCCAAACGCCGAAUUCGAUAGCUUGCAGUUCUCGCGUGGAUCGCAAGAAAAUCUGAACGUUACUAUCAAUCUUGUCCGCGAUGAAACCCCGGAGCGAUACAAGCUGAGUAAGGAGUUGGCUGAGGUACUGGACGUCGAGGAAGAGACCCGGAGUGGAAUUGUGCUUGGUAUCUGGGACUACAUUCGCGCUAUGGAGUUGCAAGAAGACGAGGAGAAGCGCCAGGUGCGCUGUGACCACCGUCUCCGCUCGAUCUUCGGCCGCGAGCAAAUGUUCUUUCCCCAAAUUCCCGAAAUGAUCGGGCCACACACCAGUCCCAUGGAGCCUAUCAAGCUUCCCUACACGAUUCGCGUUGAUGAGGAUUUCCACAAGGAUCCCACCCCCACCAUCUACGAUAUUCGCGUCGCUGUCGAAGACCCCUUGCGCGCGAAGAUGAUGGCCCUCACCCAGAACCCUAAGUAUGCCGCCGGUCUCCACCAAAUCGCCGCACUGGACGACCAGGUUGCGCUUAUCAUCCAGGCACUCAACCACUCCAGCGCACGCCAUUCCUUCUACACAGCUCUGAGCAAGGAUCCCGUGGCCUUCCUCCGCCGCUGGGUCAACUCCCAGCGCCGCGAUCUCGAGACGAUUCUGGGCGACGCUGCUGACGGCACGGGCCCCGAAUUCCGUCGGGGAGGUUCUAACAGCGCUUGGGAGACUCCCGUGGCGAAAGACGCGGUGCGUUACAUGCUCGCCAAGCCUGAGCUUGCACGGUAG